CUUAAGAUGGCGGCUGAGGUGGAUUUCGGGGACCGCGAGCUCUUCGAGCAGCUCGAGGAAGGGGAUGUGCCGCCGCCACCGCCUCGCCUCAGCGAGGAGGAGGAGGAAGAGGAGGAGAGACCCGAGAAAGCUAUGGAGGAGCUCUACGCGCGGCUGCGGGACAGCGAGGAGACGGUGCAGCGGCUCCGGGCGGAGAAUCAAGAACUCAGAAGGAAGCUGAAUAUUCUGACUCGUCCUAGUGGAAUUGUAGUGGACAACUCCAAAGUUGAUGGACCUCUGUUACAGAUUUUAUUUAUGAACAAUGUCAUUUCUAAGCAGUAUCAUCAAGAAAUUGAAGAUUUUAUUUCUAGUUUAGUUCAGAAAUAUGAAGAGCAGAAGAGAAGUGAACAAGAAAAAACGCACUUCAAUGUUAAGCCACAGCCCUCCAGUAUUGUUUUGGAAGAGGAUGGUAAAACAGCAAGCUCGAAUUCUGCUAAAAAAAUUAAAGAAGCUUUUAGUGUUGUAGGAAGUGUUCUGUAUUUUACCAAUUUUUGUCUCGAUAAACUGGGACAGCCUAUAUUAAAUGAGAAUCCACAGCUGACAGAAGGAUGGGAAAUACCUAAAUAUCAUCAAGUUUUCAGCCAGAUUCUCUCCCUAGAUGGACAAGAAAUACAAGUAAAACCAAAAAGCAGGCCAAAACCGCAUUGUUUCAAUUGUGGUUCUGAAGACCAUCAAAUGAAAGACUGUCCAAAGCCACGAAAUGCAGCUCGUAUAAGUGAGAAGAGAAAGGAGUUUAUGGAAGCUUGUGGUGAAGCGAGCAAUCAGAAUUUUCAGCAGCGUUAUCAUGCAGAAGAAGUAGAAGAGAGGUUUGGAAAAUUUAAACCAGGAGUAAUUAGUGGGGAACUUCAAGAUGCACUUGGCGUUACAGAUAAGAGUCUUCCUCCAUUUAUAUAUCGCAUGCGUCAGCUGGGUUAUCCUCCAGGUUGGCUCAAAGAGGCUGAAAUGGAGCACUCGGGACUUGCGCUUUAUGAUGGGAAAGAUGAUGGUGGAACAGAAAAUGAAGGAUCUCGUCAACCAGAACGCAUCACUUAUGAUGUCUCCAAGUUGAUAAACUAUCCAGGUUUUAAUAUAUCCACUCCAGUUGGGAUCCCAGAUGAAUGGCAGAUGUUUGGUUCCAUCCCCAUGCAGCCAUCUCAACAGAAAGAUGUUUUUGCUAACUACCUUUCUAAUUUUCACACGCCAAGUCCAAAGUCUAGCAACAAAAGGGCUGCAUCUCAGUCAAGCUCUCAUCAUUCAAAACGACCAAAAGAAGACAAUUUGGAGAUACCAGCAGCUGACAUGGACCUAGACUCUGAUCUGGAAGUGUCACAAAGAUCUCAAACUCGUAACAGUUUUCAGUUCCAACCUCCACUGCCACCUGGACGUCCAUCAAUGUCAACUACUCCUCCUUUACCACGAGGAACACCCCCACUAAAUCUUACACCAACUCAACCUUCAACACCCACCCGCCCUCCUCUUCCUAGGACUACUCCACCAUUGAAUCCUUCCAGUGAUAUUCCUCAGCCAAAAAUAGUGGACUCAAUUAUGGAUGAGGAUACUCUGACCUUGGAAGAGCUAGAAGAACAGCAGCGAUUAAUCUGGGCAGCACUAGAGCAGGCAGAAAGCACAAACAGUGACUCUGAUAUUCCCGUUGAUACACCUUUAACUGGAAAUUCUGUUACAUCGUCGCCAUCUAGGAAUGAAGUAGAUAUUGUUGCAGAAGAAAGAUCAUCCGAUAAGCUGAUUACAGUCGAAACUAGAUUUCCCGACAUCAGUGAACAGAUACCAGAAAAUGAAUGUUCUAUAACUAGUCCUAAUCCAGGAGACAGUUUACUUAACUUAAAGGAAAAUAAUACAGAUUCUGAAGGCUUGCUGGAUAAUACCGUACCCGCUUCCAGCCAUGAGGAUAAUGAUGGAGAAAAUACAGAUGGUAAUAAAGUGGUCACAAGCAUUAAACUGCCUGCAAAAAACUCCAGUCUUGUUCCUGAUAUGAGCAAGUUUGCUGCGGGCAUAACACCAUUUGAAUUUGAAAAUAUGGCAGAAUCAACAGGUGUUUAUCUGCGAAUAAGAAGUGUGUUAAAAAAUUCCCCAAGAAACCAGCAAAGGAAAAAGACUUCAUCUUAACUGGUCUUUCUUUGUUUCAUUAUGUCCAAAUCCCUGUGUCCUCUCUCCUCCUUCAGUUUUACAAACUCAGAUAGCCUUCCUCAUCCUUUUGUGGGAAAGAGAAAAUCUUGACAAAUGCAGCUCUGCCCCGUUCUUCCUUGGGACUGAUGUCAGUGCAGGGUUUCCAUAUUGAGCAGGACCACCAGUGCAGCCAGAAAAUACAGAAUUUUCCCAAGUUGCAUCCUGCCACUAAGGAAUAACAGGACUGCUGAUUUGUUAAGAGUAAUUUACUUGCCAAUACAUGAAACUCUAAAAAUAGGAGUUUGUGGUUUGCUGUUCGUUACUUUGGCUAAGAUUUAUAUUGUUCUUGAGUUUCAGGUGGAUUGGUGAUUUUUUAAAUAUCUGUCCUUUGUACAAUAAUCUGUACUUUAUACAUUUUGCUAAUUAUCCUGUAGAUACGUUUAAUAUAUUCAGAAUGUUUUUUAAAAAGUUCUAACAUUAAGAUUUCCCACAUCAAAAUCCUGACAAUUGGAUGAAAAUAAUCAGGGAUUACCAGCAUUAUUUUCCCCAUUUCAAAUAUUUUUAUAAAUUAUUUAUGUGGGUCAGUUUUAAUUACCACUGUAUUUUUUGUAACAUCAUCCUUCAUGUAAACUUGCUGUACAUACAUGUUCAUUGUUGUGUACAGAGGUUUAAUAAAUAAGCUUUUAUAUAAAGAUUUUGUUUUUAAUUGGAGUCCUAAACCAUCAAACUACUGAUUUUUGAAAAUUAGCUGCUGAAGACAAUUAGAAAAACAAGCUGAUUAAAAUGAGGGUGAAUAAAAUUAAAUAUUUUAGGAAGGGUCACAACUAUUUGGUUCAGGUUUUCAUCAUCAAGAAGCUGUUAAAAUUAUUUUAGCUACCUUAGAACCUUGCCAUACCAUUCAGUUUUCAGAAUCUCAAGAAUUGCCUGCUUCCAAAAGCUUAAAAAUGUUAUAAUUCUGCUAAUUAAUUGUUCUAACACUUUUUUCCCUUUUCUUAAUUGUCUUCAGAGGGACCUGUAGGUGAAAUGACUGUACGUUAUUUGCAUUGCCAACAGAGGGAGUACUAGAUUGACUGAACAGUAUUCAUUCAAGCCGGUAAAGCAUUUGUUUGUCCUGAUGUAAAUGCAGGAAAAAAGUCUUCCUAGCCAAGUGAGAUACUUGAAUAUGCUUUGGUUUACAAUGCAUGUAAGAGGAGCCUUGUGAAGGGGGGAUGUUCAAAGGUGGUUUUAAUAACUUCAGAGACUGAACUUAUUCUUCAAAAUUCUUGGCUUUGCACAUAGUACAUACUUUCCAUAUUAGUACACACUGCAUUUGAAUGCUUAAGAGAACCCCAGGCUUUUUGUAGUUAAAGCUUUUAUUUUAUUUUUUUUCUCUAAACGUUACAGGAAAGGAAAACCAAAGUGAAGUGUCUUUAUAUAUGAACUGCUGCUUGUCUUUUGAGAGGCCGAAACAACUUUUUGCAGCAUAUACCAGUUCAGUUUAUCUGUUUGCAUUUGGAAAGCAGUGGUCAAGGUAAAUGUUCAUCGUAUCUGCUAAAAUGAAAGGGUUUGUUUUUUUCUUUUCACAUUUUAUAGGAGAAAUAAUAUUACUUUCUGUAAUAGGAAUGGAUAACUAAAUAAUAUGUUGCUUCCAGCUUCUGCGCACUUAACAAAGGAAAAGUCUGUUGGGAAGCUUUUAGAAAUCUUGUACUUUCUCCAUUCCUCCUCCUCCCGUGGAGUUAAAAGCUACUAAUGACAGUUUGCACAGGCCAUUAUGUGCCGUGUGCUGCAUCAUCCACAUGUAGAUGAUAAUGCAGUGCAAGGCAUGAGGUAAUGAUUUCAAGCGUACACACCUUCUGGGUGUGUUGAGGUGCUCAUAUUUUAAACAUGCAGUUCUCUCGCCACACCUUAUAAGAUCUUUUUUUUAAUAGCUCUUAUGAAAUAAUGCUUCUUUAGUAGGACAUGCAGCCUAAACUUUACAGGAGUACUUGCAAACUUCCGCCUUGCUUACAGAUGCCACAAGAUGAAGAUCUUUAUACGCUUAGUACCCUGUAGCGCUCUGUAUGUUCACAAUAAAUUCAUAAUAAAUCACCCUUCCACCUAAUUGAUCAGAAUAGAUAAGUAAGUCUUCAAUGUUUGUACAAAUUCUCAGACUUAUCAUUAAAGUAGCUGUUAACUUUAUUGCUUUCAAGAUUUGUACUUGGGUAUUAGAAUAAGGGUAAAGUAAUUUCAGCAACACAGCUUUUAAUGUAAUGGUAAAUUCUAGUGUAAAUACUUUAAAUCCUUGAUUUUAUAAGGCUUCGAAGUUUAAAUUGUUCAGCAUUUUUUAUCACUUUGGCCACUUUUGUAUUUGCUGCAUGCAAACUACUUAGAGAUAGGGAUCUCUUUCAUUUUUGGAAGAUGAUGUCUUCUGGUAUCUAAAGCAAAUAUUGUUUGGGGGGGCUUGGGGCAGGAACGGACUGUGUUUGGGUCCACAUUCUGUAUCUCCUGGAAUGCUUGUCCAAAGUGACUGGACUGUCUAGUUGUUCCAGUCAGCAAAUCUAUUUGUCCUUCCCAUGAAUUGGAAACAUGCGGUCCAUGCUGUCCCACUUGCAUACAUGCUUGAAUUAAAUUCCUACAACUGAGAUAGUUCCCAUUUAACAAUCGUGGGGUUUAACAUAACAAAAGACUCUAGGCUUUUGUAAAUACUGAGUUGUCUGUGUGCUCAGAAUAUUUUUUAUAUUGCCUUUCUGUUUCUUUUACAAAACAUCAGCAGAUGUUUAGACUUGCUUCUUUUAGUCUUGGGGUUAUCCCUGUCUGUCUUGAAUAUGUUAUUUGGGAUAAGGCAAGUAUAUAUUUUAUAUAUGUAUUAUAUAUUAUAUAUAUUGAUAGCAGUGUUUAUUCUUUUCUGAUGAUACCAGUAUAAUAAAUAGGUGGCAUGAAUGUUUUCCUAUAUAGUCAAAAUUUGUACGAUGAGUUGGUUAUUGAUAGGCAAAAGUAGGCACUUCAGCAGACUGCUGGCAGGGGACUUAGAAAAUGCUGAGCUGGGAGCUGCUGCGGGCUAGUCAAUGCCUUGCCUGGCAUUUGGGCUGUCUGGAUAUUGUAUUUAGAGGCUAUCCCUGAAUCCUGUUAGGUAUUAGAGCAUGAACUAUUAGACUUGGACCACCUAUACCGUAUAUUGAGAACUCUUCCUCCUUUUUUUCUUAUUCUAUCCAUCUUAAACAUCUGUAGAUGUUUAGUUUCAAGUCUGAGGCUGCCAAAAUCCAAACCCUUUUUCACCAAUGAUCUGUAUAACCUGUAUAUUAAAACAAAAUAAUGUAUCCCCUGUUAGCCUAAAAUUUCCUUACCUGGUGAAGCAAAAUGUAGCUGGGAAUAGAAUACUUUCAUUUGAUAUUCUUUUGGCUUUCAAAUUGCAAAGAAAACUUAUAAAAGUUCCUGUAAUACUUCUUUUUUUCUUAGAGUAAGAUGUUUCUAACGUGUAUGUUUUGAGCUCAGAAAAGCAGACAGCCUGUGGCAGGAACUGUGUAAUUUUUGCUUUUAACUUUUAGUAAGUUAUUUGAAAUUACCUCUGCUGUAAGACAUACAGUUAAUUACAGAUGGAGAGUUAUCCCUGCUGUUUCUCUCAUGGUUGGGAAUGAAUUCAUCUUGAUCUCUUAGCUAUUUAUCUAUACUGCACUUUUCCUAUCAAGUGCUGUAUAUUGUUGCUGCACUGAAGAUGCUUGUAAUGACUGAAUUUCUUGAAUCUGGUGUAACUACUCAAAAUUGGUUUUGUACAUUAAAACUGCAAUCAGAUCACACUACAAGGUCUGGGAAAAAGCUGAAUAGCAAAGUAUUUCUGGUACUUUUAAGUCACAUUCCCAUGGUAAUGGGCGUGGCAUAAUAACCUAGAUUAGAGCUUACUAAAAUGAAUGAGUAAUAAAAUUUGUAAUGAGGUGGGUAUAGUGUGAGGAGGCAUCACUCAUAUUUUCCCACAGAUUCCUGUUGGCAUAGUACUCAUCUUUGUUUACAGCAUUUGGAACAGAAAAAGUCUUUAAAAAUGCUUAUGCGCAUUUAAAAAUACCUAAUCUGUGCAAAAUAUUACAGGUAUCAGCCAGGUAGGUAGUUGUCUCUUGAAAAGAUUUGAAUUUCUAACAUAUUUUUAUAACCUAAUUCACAGUGUUUAAAAUGUCAUGAAAAGAGAAAUAGCUGAGAUUCUAGAAGAUAUCUGAAAGAUGUGUUAGCUGCUCAGAAUUAUUUUUACUACAAACUCGGUAAGGCAGGAUAGCUGGGGGAAAAAAGAACCCGAAGAGGAGGAAGAAGCUCAAAUAUAGUGAAAGUAUUUCAAAUGCAUCGGUAGUUGCCAUGGAACUCCAUAGUACCUUCAUUUUGUAACACGCUGUAUUGCCUCUGGUAAGUAAAUGCCAUUGAAGAUUGAUGCUGUUCCUAAGAAUACGUUGUAGAGUCAUACUUAGAUUUUGGGGGGUGGGAGGGGAUGAGUCAGAGGUAUUGGUCUCCAUCCUUGGAGAAGCUUACAAACAGGAUGGAUUUAAUAACAUGGUAAUUAAUGUGUGACAAUUGGACACUUCCUAAAUCUUCAUUGCUUGUAGUUAACUAAAGUUUGACAUACAAUUUUUUGCAACAUAUAUUUAGCUGUCAUCCAAUGACUGAAUAAAGAUUUAUUUACCCUUUCUUUAGAACUUAGUACUCAAUAGAAACAAAUAACCUUCUGCUCUGCUUCUCUUUAGGUGAGAAUUCAGCUUUUGCUGGUAUCUGCAAAUCAUUCUACUAUUUAUGUAUAGUCCAUCUUUUUUAAUAGACAAUGGUUUCUCAGUUAUCUGUGAAAUGAAACACUCAUAAUCAAGAUGAACGUUAUUGUUAAAUUAAGUACCUUGUUUAAACAAGCAUGCAGAAAGAAUUCUUUAAAUACUGUCUGUUUAAAUACUGUUUUCUGCUGGUUUACCCAUGUUGAGUAGAACAAUAAUAUAAAAUUGGAUGAAAGUUUGUCUUACGUGGCACGCUAACAAAGAACAUGGACUUGCAGAACCUCUUUGUACUACUGCUGGGUACUACAGCUGACCAAGGGAAACAGUAAGUCAUUACAAACGGAAAGACUUCUUGCAGCUUUUCAAUCCAGUAAGCUGUGAAAGUAACUACCAUGUCUGCAAUAUUUUUUGGAACUGUUGCAUACGUGAUAAUUAAGGCUAAAAAGGGCAGGUUUUCAUCUAGCAUAACCUAUUAAAGACUGACAGUUUUAGAGACAUAAAUUUAAAGCCAAAAAUAAUAAGACUAAGUAUGAGGCUUCAGGACAUUAAAUCUCUUUAGGAUCAAUAUAGCUGUAAAUAGAUGAGCAAAAUGUGCCACUCACGUUAAAGGAGGCAGAGAAUCCUGUUGUGUGUUUGCAAAACCAGAAACUACUACAGAAAACAAUAGUGCAAGUUUCUGGGAUUUUUGAAGCAGCACUUCUGUGAUUUAAAAAAAAAAAGGCAAUGAGUUUAUUUUUCUGAAGUAGGCGUGACCAUCAGUUCUGUAUAGGAAUUGCCAAAUGUAUAUAUUGAAGAGAUGAUUCAGAGGAAAAAAGAAUCCUAUACUCAAAAUCUUCAUACUUGCGUGGAUAUGUCCCAUUGAAUAUAAAAGUGGAUCUUUUAAGUCAAGAUAUCCUCAAAUGCAGUUCUGAACAACAUUUUUGCUAUUCUGAAAGCUUCAGUAAUGUUGGACCCUUCACAAAUUUGAAAAAGGACAGAAACCAUUUCAGCUGGUGUUCCCAUAUUAUUGAAGGGAACAAGUUUAAUUCUAAAGUAGGUCUUAUACUUGUGGCCAGGAUGCUAGUAGUUAUGUCAGCAUCCUGAUUUUCCCUGGAGCAUCCAGCAAUUCCUGUUUUCAUAGAGUUAUGAAAAUGUCUAUAUAUAUUAUAUGUUGACUGAUGUGGUCAUGCAGUUCAGAAGAGAGAGCCACUAGUACUGGAAUCAAAGAUAGUCUGGCUCUCGGUCAUAUUUAGUCCUUUAUAGUAGCAUGAUUUAUAGUAGCAGCAUCUUUUUUUUAUAAUGAUUGCUACAAAUCAGAUGUGAACAUACUGGAUGUUACUGUUAAUCACAGCCUGCGUGUAUCUCCAUCUAAGUGUAGCCUGGUACACAGAAGCUAAGCCAACCAUUUCUAAUUGGGGUGAACUUAAUGUUAGAAUUGCUCUAAAGCUACUUUUUCAUGGUUUGAAGGUUGAUACUGGUGGAAUGAUGGAUAACUAACUCCCUUGUUUCCUACAAGAUUUUUGAUCUUGAAGCUAGGAAAUUACAUGAAAAACCAACGGCACAUUGACUUUAUACGUAGAAGCUUUUGAUCUCUGCGACAUCAUUCUCAAUUCUUGCUGUAGUAACAAGACACUUUUGGCUUUAGCCUUCCAAGGGAGUAAAAGCUACUUAC